CCAUUCCACGCGUGCAUUUUCUACCCCCCUCCCCUCACUUUUGCGCGGAGCUAUUGAGUGGUGUCAUGACUGAAAGCUCGCCUGUUCACUCAACACAAUGUUUUAUGGAUUAUCUUCCCUUGUAGUAACGAGAGAUAGAUGUGGAAGGAACGCGGAGCGAGGCGGAGCACUGCCCGGGUUACAGCAGUAGCCUAAAAACCGGGCGACUGGGGGGUUCCAUUCAACCGGGCUUUUCUAAUGCCCGUCGUUUUCGUGGAGCUCGGUUCGCUUCACCUCUGUGAUCAUGCUUUACUUCCAGCUGGUGAUCAUGGCAGGGACUGUCAUGUUGGCUUACUACUUUGAGUACACCGACACUUUCAACGUGCACGUCCAAGGGUUUUUCUGCUAUGACAAUGCAUACACGAAGCCCUACCUUGGACCAGAGGCGUCCAGUGCUGUUCCUCCUGCCAUACUCUAUGCAGUGGUCUGCGGAGUGCCGUCGCUUCUGAUCACAGCCAUAGAGUCGUUGUUGUUUCUGCUCCAGUAUGUGUCAGAGGACCUGGACAAUCGGGAGAAGAUCAUUGUCAUGGGAGACUGCUGUUACCUCAACCCUCUGGUACGCAGGACCUUCCGCUUCCUGGGUGUGUACGCUUUUGGCCUUUUCUCCACUGACAUAUUUGUGAACGCGGGCCAAGUGGUGACGGGGAACCUGUCCCCCCACUUCCUGACGGUGUGUAAGCCCAACUACACAGCCCUGGGCUGCGUGCAGACCGCCCGCUUCGUCAACCAACAGGGGGCGUGCACGGGCAACGAAGAUGACAUCAUGCACGCCCGCAAAUCCUUCCCCUCCAAAGAGGCGGCGCUCAGUGUCUAUGCCGCACUCUACACAGCGAUGUACAUCACGUUAAAAGUGAAGGCCAAGGGGACCAAGCUGGCCAAGCCACUCCUAUCUCUGGGACUUAUGUGUCUGGCCUUCCUCACAGGAAUCAACAGGGUAGUGGAAUACCGCAACCACUGGUGUGACGUCAUCGCCGGGUUUAUCAUCGGAGGGGCCAUAGCAGUCUUCAUGGUUCUAGGGGUGGUGCAGAACUUCAAAGGGAAGAGCCUGCUGAAUGAAAUCCCGCCGGAGGAGAGCGUGGUCAGCAGUAUUCCUAUGAUGGGCCAGCCCAGGAUCAUGGACAACACAAUGGAGAAGUACAUAGCCUCACAGAAUCCUAUUACUUUUGCCGAGGUUACAUGACAAUGAAUGUGUCACAUGACACACAUUGUUUGGACGUGGUUGCUGCUCGCUUAUCAGUCAUCAUGGUCGCCAGAGGGAGGGAGGGCCACACUGAUCCUGAUGUUGAUGUGUAUCUAUACUAGGGUUGGGGAUCAAUUACAUUUCAAUUCAGGCAUAAAACUGAAAUUCCGAUUCAACAAUUUACUUCUCAAUAAACUGAAAACCUUUUCAGUUUUUGAAUUGUAUAUUUAAAUAACUUCCAGAAUUAACUGAGUGACUUUAAUUAUAAUUGACCCCAACCCUGACCUAUACAGUAUGACACUAUUUCCAAUCAAACAUUAUGUUCACCCUGAUCAUUCCAAAGGAAUUGGAGAUAUUUCUGUAGCUUUACCAGUUUAUUUUAUAUUUUCCAACCAGUCAACAUUUUCUCUCCUUCUUUCUUCUUCUUCAUUCCUCUCUCUCUCCUGUUGCAGUUUGACGUUUAUUGUCAUGAAUCUUUCCCUGGUGGCAGAAGUGAGUGAUUUCCGCUAGAUGGGCCAGCUGCAAUGUAAAAAUGGGCAAUUUCGUAAAAAUUCAUUGAAACAAACAUUUGCUCUUUGGUCUUAAUUUAAGGUUAAGGUUAGGCAUUAGGGUUAGCAGUGUGGUUAACAUUAUUGUUCAGUUCAGGUUUCAAAUCAGACUGUUUGACUGUGCCAGCAAGUGAGCACUCUGCAGACCUGCCUCCAGAACACGAGUCAUCCCAAUAAAAUGCCAAGCUGCUCUUCUGUCCUGCUGAUUACUGGCGUUCAUUGAAUUCCACAAAAGUAUUCCUUAUUUUAUAUACUGUAUCAAACAAACAUAAUACUGCUAUAUAUGCACUUUUAUUUCCUCAAAGAUUAGGAAUCCUGUAGCCCAACUGUGUAAACCUGUAUUGUGUUUAUUUCCUCAAAGAUUAGGAAUCCUGUAGCCCAACUGUGUAAACCUGUAUUGUGUUUAUUUCUUAUUAUGUCAUAUGUGUUGGCUUGACAGUAUGAUGUAUGCAUUGUAACCUGUGCAAUCCAAACUGUAUGUUGUCAGAGCCACUCUGUGGGUUUAUUUCUGUUUAGAUUUUCCCAACCUGAGAGAACGAUGAUCCAAAGAUCACUGACAUUUUAGUAUAUAGUCUUUACUGGUAGUUUUCAGAGGAAUCCCUCUUGCGAUUAGCUAGAAAUACGUGGGUGUGCGACUGUGUACGUGUGCGAAUGGAUCCGUACAUGUGUGUGCAUGUGUACUGUAUGUGUGCUUGGUAAACGUUUCAACAUCAUUUUCUCUUGUGGGUUGAAGGAUGUUGCUUAGGGCUUGCCAGACAAUCAACAACCAUAAUAUUGCCACAGUCAGGCAACAGAGCUAUUAUGGAAAUAAGAUGGAAAUUUAAAGAUGUUUUUUUUAGAGGGUGUGUUUUUAUUCCUCAGUUCUAUUUUAAUGUGUUGCGAAAGCAUUGAUCUUUUUGUACAUUUUAAACAUUUCAUUAAAUUGAUAUGCUAUAUAUUUUGUGUAUUGAUUCAUACUGUAUGUUGAUAUGGCAGAUACUUGUUUAGUACAAUAUGGAGUAUUGUUUUAAACUCACAGGCCAGCAAUGAGAUUCAUAGUUGAUGCACGACUAGUCGUCAGUUUCCCGAAUGCAUUGUGGUUGUAGUUGUUUUUAUACCACCACAGUUUGAUGAAAUCUCCUGUUGUAUGUUCUUCUCCAUGAUGACAUUUUUAUACCCUUAUACUGUACUGUUUACCUACAUGUCUUACUGUAUGUCCCCUCAAUGUCUCAUAGAUAUAAUCUGAACAUUGAGAGUGUUGGUAUUCAUGGGCCGUUAGAGGUUUCUAUCCAUGUACCGUUUGAUUCUAUGGUUUUUAUGCGUUUAACAUUUAAUAAAAUCAUUCUUUGUCCUAGUUUUUCUAGAAAUGUAUGGGACAUUUGAAUGAUUCUGGAGAUGUUCACUGUUAUAUGAUAUAUGAAUUAUUAUAUAUCAAAUCAAAUGUAUCAUAUUAAAGUUGGAUUUGUGUAUUGUUUUGAUUUUAGUUUCUGAGUGUUGUUUUUUCCUUUGUACAGAUUGUGUUACUAUUCUAACCUCUAUGACUCUUCUGUUUUGCUACUAUUAACUUCUGUUUUGAUAUUGUCCCAUUCUACCUGAUCUUUGUUUAUUGAUCUUGUCACCAUGAGUAACAGUAGCCCAGCAGCAGCACAUCUUACACUGUAGAAACAUGUAAAAGAACCAAACCGUGAGAAAGUUGCGGGGUGAAAUGUAUUUGAAUAUAAUCUAAAUAAAUAUGUUCUACUCAGGCA